AUGUCUUCCGAGCUUGCUUCUUCCACCGCAACGUAUUCAUCUUCACAGAUGGGGGUUUCAAGCCAGGCUAGUCUCAUGAACAAAUUUCUUUCUUUCUUGUUGAAGCUCCUACCUGAUCCUGGUCAUCCGCAUGGUCCCGACGGUCCUGCAUCACGUCUAUUUAGUGUGUUUGCGGAUAGGACACGCGAAGAGGCAUUUAUUGAAUUGAGCAUCAUUCUCGGGUUCACGAUACUCAUUAGUUGCACCUAUAAAGUGCUCUGCUAUAUGACGACGCAAACGUAUUCUUGGAUGUCCGGAUACUUUCCGUGGACCACCCGACUCGUUGUCCUUGCGCAGCGAGAGAAGGCCGUUGCACAGAAGGAGGUCAUGAUUGUGCAACAGACUCGAACUCUUCAGUUGGACGUCAAGAUUGCGCUUUACAAGUGUCUUGCUGGAGUUCUUGAGCGUUCCGCGGCAACUGCUCGAGACAGAACCAGCGACCUCGAGAUGGAAAAGGAAUUAUUUGUGGAAGAGCUUAUAAGGGAUGUUCGUGAUAAUUCAGGACAGCUCUCGGCUAUGCGUCGUACGACCGCCACCAAUGAGGAAUAG